GAAGUAAGAUAUUGGUCAAAAGAAGAAAAGAAAGUCAAUGUUUUGCUUUAUCCUCCUCCAUAAUUGACCAGUCCUUUCUUAGCCUUCCAGUUCGUCUCUGAAAUCUUUUUCGUUCUCAAUUCUUCAUUUCAACAAGCCUACAAAAAAUGGGAACACAACCAGACAUGAACAAGACCAAAUUCAGCUGAAAAAACCCACUCCCAUGGCUUCCCUGACUGAGAAAUUUCCAGUCCACACUCUGUUUCUCGAAACACCACCCUCAAAUAACCAGACGCUCGAUAUAAUUCCACCAAGAGUUAAAGAAAUCUGGGAAGAAUGGAACAUUAGAGGCCUAAUCCUCUUCAGUCUCUCCUUACAAACCUUCCUAAUCCUCUGUGCUCCUCUCAGGAAACGCACCUCUAGAAAACUCCCCAUCUUCCUCCUCUGGUCUGCCUAUCUCCUCGCCGAUUGGACCGCCAGUUUCAUCGUCGGCCUCAUUUCCAACAACAACGACGACAGCAGUAACAAGAAAAAGUCCGAUGCCAAUCAAGAACUCCUCGCCUUCUGGGCCCCUUUUCUUCUCCUCCAUCUCGGCGGUCCCGACACCAUUACCGCCUUUGCUCUCGAGGACAAUGCCCUCUGGCUUCGCCAUUUAAUCGGCUUGAUUUUUCAGGUCGUUGCCACUGUUUAUAUUUUCAUUCAAACCAUUCCCCAAAACAAGCUCUGGGUUCCUUCCACUUUGAUGUUUCUUGCAGGAAUCAUCAAGUACGCCGAGCGGACGAGGGCUCUGUAUUUGGCGAGUUUGGGGAGUUUCAGAUCCUCCAUGCUUAAGGAGCCUGACCCAGGUCCUGAUUAUGCUAAAUUAAUGGAGGAGUUUUCUUGUAAGGAAACUGCCCAUUUGCCUACUCGCAUUGAUCUCGUCGAAGAGCCUAACAAAGAAUGGAGCCCUUUCACAAGCACAGUAAAACAGGGUACUCUGAAUGAGCUUGAGGUUGUUCAAUACGCCUUUCUUUAUUUUAACAAAUUCAAGGGUUUGAUUGUUGAUUUGAUAUUUAGCUUUAAGGAGCGAAAUGAAAGCAGGGAUUUCUUCUUGGCAAGAACCCCAAUUGAUGCCCUCAAGAUCAUCGAAGUUGAACUCAACUUCAUAUAUGAAGUUCUCUUCACCAAACUGGUUGUUCUUCAUAACAAAUAUGGAUGGUUUUUCAGAUUCGUUUCUGUAUCUUCUGUGAUUACGGCUUUGAUUCUGUUUACCCAUUUGGAUAAAACUGAUUUUGACAAAAUUGACGUUAGGAUUACUUAUGCUUUGCUUAUUGGGGCUUUAGUUUUAGAAUUGAUAUCCAUUUUCAUGACUAUCUCCUCUGAUUGGACUGUGGCUUCCCUUAAAAAGGAUGAUUCCUGUGUUGCCACCAUUUUUAAACACUUCCUCCGCCUCAAAGGGCUGAGAUUGUCUGAGCAUAACAAGCCACCAUUCUCAGGCUGUAAGAAGCUCGACACUCCACGAAUCGUUCGUCGAUGGUGUGAGUCUGUGUCUCAGUUCAAUUUGAUAUCAUAUUGCCUCUGUGAACGUAUUCCAAUGGAUGAUUUGAGGAACAAAUCAUUCUGUUGUGGCUGCAAUCUUGCUUGGAAGAAACUUAUUCGUUGGUUUCGUGAUGCAAAGGUUGUUGUGGUUGAUUAUCUUGGUGCCAAAGAGUUCCUUGAUGAUUGGAAAUAUGUCUCCAGACAGCCCGUUUUUGAGGAUCAUUGGGGCUUUAUCUUCCGAGAGAUGCAAGACAAGUCCAAAGCUGCAGAAAGUGCACAAGUUACUGAAGCAAUAUGUUCAUCUAGAGGCUCCUAUGCAUUGAAAUCAAUGGAGCUUAACUCGAACGCCGAUGUCGAUGAGCUGAUAUCCUACUUCAACGAUGUUGCUUUUGACGAGAGUGUUAUUCUAUGGCACAUAGCUACAGAACUUUGCUUCCGAGACGAACAAAACACGAGCGCCAACAACAAAACUCUUACUCCUCCAGAAUUCAGCAAGCUGUUAUCAGAUUACAUGCUCUACCUAUUGGUGAUGCUCCCCUCAAUGAUGUCGGUCGUGGCAGGACUUGGGGAAAUAAGGUUCAGGGACACCUGUGCCGAGGCGAAAAAGUUCUUUGACCGACGAGGAUUGGAGUGUAGCUCGAACGAAGAUACAAACAGAAGGGCUUGUCGGGAGAUACUCGGGGUGAACAUAAAAGCGAAACCGGUGACAGUGAAGGGAGAUAGAAGCAAAUCUGUACUGUUUGAUGCUGCAAUACUUGCUAAGAAGCUAAGAGAGUUCAAAGAGGAAAAAUGGGAGAUUAUGAGCAAAGUGUGGAUCGAAAUGUUGGGAUAUGCAGCCAGCCAUUGCAGACCAGACCAACAUGCUCAACAGGUCAGUAAAGGAGGAGAGCUCAUCACUUUGGUUUGGUUGUUAAUGGCGCAUUUCGGGCUUGGAGAACAGUUUCAAAUCACUGAAGGCCAUGCCAGAGCAAAACUCAUAGUAGAUAAGUAACUACACCUGACUCUCAUUUUCUUUAAUGGGUUUGUUCUCUACCUUAACCCCGACCCCGAAAGCUUGUUUAUCAAUGAAGAAUUUGUUUUUUU